AUGGCUUCUACGAGCGACAUCCGCGAUAUCAUGAACCUGGGCCAAGCAGGGCCCCGCCACCUUGCGCCCAAGAAGAAAAAACAUGUUGAACCUCAACCGCGUGUCACCGGUGUCAAGCGAGAGGUGCAAGCGCUGAUGGGCGACUCUGUCCCUCCCAUUGCCAUCGUCGAACAGCGCUCCUACAAAUCAAGACCUUCCAUCUCUCAGAAAUUGUUCAAGCCGCGCCAUUGGGAGGAGAGACCAUUUGUGCACGGUGGAAGAACAGAUGGAUUAGUGCUUAAACACUGGAAGCGAUCCAUUCCUGGCUCGGGUGCCCGUGCUCCGAUCGUUGCGAAUGACUCGGCGGACGUUGAAAUGAAAGACGAGCCAAAGACAUCCCCAGCGAUGCAAGAACUACAAUUCGAGGAAGAGUACCCAUCCCAGAAAUGGAAUGUCAAAGUUCAAGUACCGUCCUACACAGACGAGCAGUAUCAAAAUCUGUUAAAGUCGAAGGAUUGGACGCGGCAGGAGACUGAUUAUCUCAUGGACCUUUGCCGCGACUACGAUUUGAGAUGGAUCAUCAUCGCCGACAGGUACAGCCCGCAAGACAUUCCAGCUCCUAAGCCGGCUGCUCAAAAUGGGGAGAUAACUGGCAACGAACUUGUUGUGAGACCUCACUACCCGAAUCGUUCCAUGGAAGCUCUCAAACAACGAUACUAUGCCAUUGCCGCAAAGAUGAUGGAAUUGAAAACACCAGCGAGCACAAUGACGCAGGCUGAAUUUCAACUCUGGGAGAAGAUGCGUAAUUUUGAUGCUAAGACCGAGACAAUGAGGAAAGCGAUGGCAGAGAAACUAUUCGAGCGCACCAAAGACGAAGCUGACGAGGAGAGGAUUCUUCUCGAAGAACUUCACCGCAUCACCAAGAACGAAGACGACUUCAUAAAAAUGAGACGUGAUCUGUAUGCGAGACUCGAACCUGUGUCCACCAUCAGAAGAACUGAGAGAGGGGAGGAGCAAUCUACUGCCAUAUAUCAGACUUCUGGAGGACUGGCAAUGUUAUUUCAGACUCUCCUUGCCAAAGAAAAGAGGCUUAAGCGGCCUCUUAUGCCCGGUAGCGUCGAAGCCGGCCCUGGUUCCACGCCUACUGAAGCGCAGAGAUACGACAAGGGCAGACACCCUCCCCAAUAUAGCCGACGAGAUACCACGGACACCCAGGCCACCGAAGAUACAGUCCGCGUACAAAAGAAAGGCUCAACGUCCCAACCUAGUGUUCGGGUCUUGUCGCCACAGGAGGAAGCACGAUUUGGUGUUUCGCAUCCACAGGAAAGAAUCACCAGUGGUGUCCAGUUCCGCCAUGAGAAGAUUAACCGCCUCACUAUGGCCAAGAGUCAGACGCAAACGACCAAGAUACAAGCUGCAUUGACCGAACUGGGGAUCCCGCCUCGUUUGCUUAUGCCGACGGAACGAGUAUGUCGAGAAUUCGAGCGAUUGGUUACCGAGAUCAAUGUGCUGCUUGACUGUAGAAAAGUUAAUGAGAAGAUUGCGACUGAGAUUAAGAUUUUGGAGGAGGCCAGGCGGAUUAGGCUGGGAUUGCCAAAAGACGGAGAGGAUCCUCCUGCUUCUUCCGAUGCCGCUCAAUCUUCCCUUCCUAUAACGGCAGACAAGAUGGAGGUUGAAGAUUCUCAAGUAGCAGAAAAUUCUAAACUUGAAAGCACCAAGGAUGACUCAAUGGCGGUGGCUGAAGAAGACCAAGACGCUGAGGCCGAGGAUGAUGUCCCUCCGCAGAAGACUGAUGAGAAGAGGCAUGGUGGAGAAGUUGGGAAGGAAAAGAGCACCAUGCAAGUGGACCAGCAAGCAGAGGAAGGAGACGAGGAUGCGAUCGCGGACGUGGAUCAAGAUACGGCGCAAGAUAGUGCUGCAAAAGCUGCCGAGGAUCAAGAAGAAAACGAAGGAACUAAAACGGGAGAAGACAAUGAGGAGGAGGAGGAAGAGGAGGAAGAGGAGGAUGAGGAUGAGGAUGAGGAAGAGGAAGAGGAAGAAGAAGAUGACGAAGAGCAAAACGACGAAGUGGUCACUGGGGUUGAUGAAGAGGAUGAGGAUGCUGAUGAAGAUGAGGAUGAAGCUCAUAUUAACGUCAAUGAGGAUGAAGAGGACGAGGAUGCUCAGCUCGCUGCAACACCGCAGAAUGAGAGCGACGCAGAAGUGGACAACGAGGACGAAGAUGAAGAUGAGGACGAAGAGCCAGAAGUGGAUGCAGAAUCCGACGAGGAAGCAAAUGCCAACGAGGAUGAUACAGGCUCGGAGGACGAUGCUGAUAUUGAUAAUCAAGAUGAAGACAAAGACGACGAAGGAAAUGAAGACGACGCCCGUGCCGCAGCAGAGGCCGAAGACUCAGAUGAUGCAGAGGGAGAGCCAGAAGAAGACGAAGAAGAAGAAGAAGCGGCGGCCAGCUCUCUACCACGCGCACAUAAACGCUCUGCGAGCGUCAUAUCCGAGGCAAGCCGCGCGGGAAGUAAUCGAAGUGGGAUCGAGAGGAAAAAGAGACGUUGA